UGCCGGAGACCAGCGGCAUCAGGAGGGAGGAGGAAGAGACGCAAGCCAGGAGAGAAAACGGACGGGAGGGGAAAAACAAAAAGGAAGCAGCGAGCCUCCGAAGGAGGACGUAACCCGCGGGAGAUGAGUGAGAACUGUUUCAUCGGUUAAAGAAACGUUGCACUGAGCACCACUAUGGACCUCCUACUUUUUGCUGUCCUCCACAACCCUUAAUAUUCUGGUCUGCUGCUGAAUCUACCGGAUUCUUAUCUGUGACAAGUACCGAUCUAUGACUGAUCCCCCCUACCAGGUGUUCUGUCUUGACCCACAAUGAUGCCAGUGGAUGUGACCAAUCGCAACGGCCCCGCCGCCACACCUCCCACCUCACUUAGCCUUCGCUCCUCUCACAAUCAGCUUCUCACCAGCGAUGUCAUCAAACAGGGCUUGGCCACACCACCCAAAUGUCGCAAAAAAUAUGCCCUCACAAGUAUCCAGACAGCCAUGGGUCUGGGAGAAGCAGCGCCUCCAUCAUCAUCUCCAUCCUCCUCUCCGUCGCAGUCUUCAACACCUACAAACUCUAAACUAGCUAAGAAUGGAGUUAACCAACUUCGAAAGGCUGGUCAGGACCAGAACAAAAACACAACUGGCUGUGAUGUGAUGGAACUUGACUAUAACUCAGAAACUAUGGAAGAUGACUUCAAUGUCAAUACAGUAGAGGAACAGAAUAGUUGCAUUCUAACAAAUAAUGACCGAGAGGAGGAUGGGUCUGACUUUAAUGCUGAACCUUAUUUAUGUGCCAGCAGUGAUGUAGAGUCUGAGCAGAAUAAAGAUUCAGACUUGGAUAGCGACGCUAACACCACUGUGGAGGUAAAACUGAAUAACAACACACCGGAUCUGGAGCUUAACUUGAAUGGGGAGGCAGACGAGAAUGAUGACAUCAGUAUUCUGUCGGAGAAGGAACUGAUGUCCAAGGUAAGGCUUGAAGAAGACGAGCUGGUGGAAGAGCAGGAAGAUGAAGAGAAGAAGCCUUUACUUGUGAUUGGAAGCAAAUCGCCCGUGAAGAGCCUCAGAGGUUCUUCAGACUUUGAAAUCAUCUCUGACAUUCACUCCAACAUCAAGCUCCUUCAAUCAAGCAAGAACUCUGUUGUGCCCCCUCCUCCCUCCCCGCGAAGACAAGCCAGUCCAGAAGACACUCCAUUGAUGUCCUUGGCCUCCUGCCCCUCCUCUUCCUCUUCUUCUCCAGAGACUAAAAAGGACAGAAGGACCGGGGCAAAGACAGACUGUGCUUUGAACCGCAUCCAGAAUCUGAACCCCAGUGACGAAGAGUUGAGUUGGACGACCCUGUCCCAGGAGAGCAACUCCCCUGAAGAGACUGAUAUUUGGAGUGAGCAGUCAUUCCAGACAGACCCCGACCUCCCUCCGGGAUGGAAGAAGAUCACAGACAUGGCUGGCAUCUACUACUGGCACAUUCCGACAGGUACCACCCAGUGGGAGCGACCUGCUGCCCGUCCACCUCACCCCGGAGAAACUGAGUUCACAACCUUGGGGGAUCAUUCAACUUCAGCACCACGUAAACACUCGCUGGGCUCCCUCAGCCCCUCGCCCACUCCUGACCACGAGUCGUCCCAGGCUGAGAUCUUCUUCCGAGCGUCAACCCGCUCAGGCAGCACCACUUCUGACAGCUCUGUGGAGCCCCUCUCAGCUCAUGAGCACAUCCUCCCCACGUGUGGAUUUGUCAACAGCUGCUACUUUCCUCGCUCCACUUCUCCACAGGGGACGUCCGAUCAAGAAAGUCACUCCCAGCAUCAUGAGGACGAAGAUAAGAAACAGGUGUGGAGUGAAUUUGGCGGCAAAAUUGAUAGUGAAAUGUGGAAGGAUCUUCAGGCUGCUACAGUGAACCCUGAUCCAAGCCUAAAGGAGUUUGAAGGGGCCACGCUUCGAUAUGCAUCCCUAAAGCUCAGGAGCUGUCCUGCUUUGGAAGAGAACGAGACGACAAACGUGAAGAGUGAAUCAGAAGCAAAGUGCUUUGCGGUGCGCUCUUUGGGCUGGGUGGAGAUGGGCGAGGAGGACCUGGCCCCUGGAAAGAGCAGCGUUGCCGUCAACAACUGUAUCCGACAACUGUCGUACUGCAAGAAUGACAUUAGAGACACUGUUGGCAUCUGGGGAGAGGGGAAGGACAUGUACCUGGUUCUGGAGAACAACAUGUUGAAUCUGGUUGAUCCCAUGGACCGCAGUGUGCUUCAUUCCCAGCCAAUUGCAAGUAUCCGGGUCUGGGGCGUUGGCCGGGACAAUGGCAGAGAGAGGGACUUUGCUUAUGUGGCGCGGGAUAAAAACACCAGGAUCCUGAAAUGUCAUGUGUUCCGCUGUGACACUCCGGCCAAAGCCAUCGCCACCAGCCUGCACGAGAUCUGCUCCCGGAUAAUGACAGAGCGAAAGAAUGCCAAAGCCAUGGCAGGAGGCUCUCUUCAGGACAGGAUGCAGGCAGGACUGGACCUCCCCUUACAGGCAGAGUUCCCCACACCAAAGACUGAGCUGGUUCAGAAGUUUCAAGUACUUUACCUAGGAAUGAUGCCUGUGGCCAGACCAAUCGGGAUGGAUAUAUUGAAUGGGGCUAUCGACAGUCUUAUGGGUUCUUCCACUAAAGAAGACUGGACUCCUGUGGCUCUUAAUGUGGCAGACGCCACAGUCACCAUCAGCAAAGACCAGGAUGAAGAAGAAGUGUUAGUGGAGUGCCGAGUUCGUUUCCUGUCUUUCAUGGGCGUGGGUCGUAACAUCCACACGUUUGCCUUCAUCAUGGACGCUGGCGGCCAUCGUUUUGACUGUCAUGUGUUCUGGUGUGAUCCCAAUGCCGGCAGUGUCUCUGAGGCGGUGCAGGCGGCGUGCAUGCUGCGGUAUCAGAAAUGUCUGGUGGCUCGCCCGCUGUCCCAGAAGGCUUGCGGCUCCUCGCCUCCCGGUGACUCUGUGUCCCGCCGCGUCUCCACCAGCGUAAAGCGGGGGGUCUUGUCGCUCAUCGACACGCUCAAACAGAAGAGACCUGUCACUGAAUUGCCACAGUAACCACAGCAAAAAAAAAAAAAAAGAAAGGGACUCUAUCUACUUACAGAAUCUUAAUUACCAUGGUAACUCAUCGCAUCGCUGCUGUAAAGUCCAUGUCCAUAGAAGACUCAAGCAAUGGCGGAAACAACAAAGCAUCACCAUUUGGGAAUGCUACCCCAAUUUCCUCCGUUUUUGGGAGAAAAUCUAAAAAGUCCUGAUUACUCGGCUCUCUCCUGAGCAGCGGGUCAGCUUAGUUUCCUCUGAAUAAUCAAGGAAAUUCGGAAUCAUCGGCAUGGGGAAGAAACGAUCAGGAAGGAUGCUUAGGAAGGGGAACUUGUACAUAGAAGUACUUUCACCUGCCGCUCCCCCCAGAACAGUGAAAACGAUGAACACAACUCACUCCUGCCCCAACCGUGGAUCUCUCCAUGCUUUGAGUGUAUUUACCUGUGUGCGCUGCCAGCAUGACCUUCCACCGGAGGCCGCAGCGCCUGCACUUCAAUCAGCUGUCUCAUUAGUCUAGGCGCUUUGUCACAGUCUGGUCCUCCUUCCUCAGUGAACAUACUAUAAACCUAAUGAGAGAAAGGAGUAACCAUAGCUACCAUGUCUUGUUUUGAAGAGAAACCUUGAAUUGAAGGAAGAAGCAAGCUGCUACGACAUUAAAACACUCGCCAGUCUACACCUAAAGGCUAAUGCAUGAACCGUUUUCUAUAAAUGUGAACCGUUCGGACACACAUCACCUCACUGCUGCUGCUUUACGGACUGGAAGGGAAGGCGAUAGGAAUGCUCAGCCUGACUUUCAGCUGUGGAUCAUUGGAGACGAGCGGUGACCUGUCACCUGAAGCUUUCUUUCACAUCCCCGCCUCUCUGUUUGUUUAAAUCUUUUGUUAUCCCUUGUUGAUAGCCAUAAUAAAGGCAGAGAGAUUGGAGGGAAGGGGGGGGCAUUUCCCCUUUGCAGGAGCAAAGUGUUCAAACCCCCUGCUUCAAUCACAGAAGAUGUCGGCAUGCCACUGCUCCUCGUAACCCCCGCUGCAGGAAAUUUGACUUUUGCAAUCCUCUCAAUCCCACCUCAGAACUGUCUUAGUGUCUUAGUAAUAAAAGGGGGAUUGCCUGGAGGAGAUAUGAGAGUUGAGGAAUGUGUUUUAUACUAGUGUGUUGGUUAUUUUUUUAUAUUAUUUUAUCAUGUUUUUUUUUUCUCUUUAUCUUACAAGGAGAGGAAAUUGUUUUGGCCUCCGCUUGUUUUGGAGAAGAAAAGCAAAGACUUGCAUGAACUCCAAAAGACGGGGACUGUCCUGAGCUGCUCCACGUCUCCACUUGAAUUUGUUUCCUCUUCAUGUUUGUGUUCAUUGGUGCCAUGAGAUCAAUUAUCACGUAAAUUACUUCCACAUAAAAACCUUUGUGUGUCACAUAUCAUAGAUUAGAUGUAAUCUGUCUCAUCACAGCACUCAAGACUUCAAAGCUGUAGAUUGAUUAUGAACGGGCAAAUGUUUGAAACAAGCGAAAUAUGUUUUUAUUUUUUUUCCCAGUAAAUCAGCAGAUUGUCUACUUUAAAGCUAUGGGCCCACCAGACAUGCGAUGCUUGUUCUAGAACUGGCUAAACGCGGGUUCUUGUUCAAGCAGGGAAGGGCUACUCUUUCUUUUUCUGCUGUCUACUUGAGCAUGUCCACCACCUACAGUUGGAAGAGGUUUGCUGUGAAAUGCUGAAGCGGUGCAAAUCUUGCCAAUUCAGGCUUUUUCUAUGCAGCCCUACUCUGAUAUAUGAAAGAUUGGGUAUCAUAGAAUUCCACCCGAACACAAACUGCAAUUAUCAAAUUGUCCCCCAUGAUCCAUUUGAAAAAGGGUCGUUCAUUCAUGAACUAAAAAGGACGUCAGCCAUACAAAAAUACCAAAUCCGAGUCCCUGAUUGGUAAAAGUUCAACUUGGGUUAACUUUAAAAAGGCAUUUUGUACGUAGAGCUUUGGCGGUGUGAACAUGGCUUUAGAAAUGUUUAUGUGAGAGCUUUUCCUGAAGCUCUGACUAGUUUCUUUAACGAUUCUAGAUUAUUCAAAAGAAGAAACCACAUUUUCUUUAUUGUAGCUAUAAAAAUCAACUAACUAUAUUAUUAAGACAUAAAAAAAGAAUCAAAUAUUUGCUUGUUCAGAAAUGUAAAGUGAAUUUUGAUAAAAUGCACAUUUAUGGGAAAGCUGUUAAUUCAUCUUGUUUAUUGUGGCGUUUCAAUUUAAGGGAUUUCAAGGGAUGUUUUUUUUUUAAAAGCAGGAUAAAAAUUCUCCCACACAGCACCUUCCUUCCUUUUCACAAAGCUUUUAAAAUGAAAAGUCUAAAUUCUGAGUGUGCAUAAUGCCCAUUUAAUGUAACCUUUAGCGUUCGUUAUUAUAAGCUAUUUUUAUCUUUUGAAGGUUUUUUUAUUUUCUUCUCAUUUUAAAAUGCCUUUAUUUUGAAAUCUUUAAAUGGCCAAAGUGUAAAAUACUUAUAUAGAUCAUUGUAGAUAUAAAAAAAACAGUAAAAAUGCAAGGAAAUAAAGAAAACAGUUAAGAGUAAAAAGGGGGAAAAACUUCCAGUUAUCCCUUAGAUUAAUGCUGAAUUUAACUGUGCAAUUAUCUAUGCAUUCUUUGAGUAAAUGAAAGUCAUGAGAAAAAGCCUCGCAUGCCCUCGAAUGGUUGAAAGAGAAACUGUAUGUAUUGAACAGAAAUAUUUUUAUUUUAUUUAUUCUAUUUUAUAAAGGUAUGUACGGAUUUUAUUGGUUGGGGAGAGUUGAAGCCUCUUGACGCCAUUCUCUUUGUCCCCUCUAUCAAACCCCAACAAGCUUAACUUUGCAGAAAAGGAGGAAGGAUUGAGAAGAGGAGGGGAGCAACAGUGGACGCUUAGCUUAAACUGUCACAAACAUCAACAAAUGAACACCCUCCAUUACCAUAGAUGGAUGUGUUUGCUUCCGUUUGCUGCUCACUGAUUUGUACACUUUAUCAAUGUAACCAGUUGUGAGGAUAAAUGGCAUUAAAAAAAAAUGUAUUACCUGA